CUCUGACCCUAAUCAUUAUUUGUUAACGUGAGGUUACACUUACCCACUUUCUUCAGUCGCCAAUUAAUGGGUUCACAAUAAAGAACCCAUUUAGUUUCCUUUGAAUUUCUGUUAAACUUUCAAAAAUGCACAGAGCAGUAUUUCGCGUCUCUAGGCGCAUGAAUAAAAAAUUGACGAGUGUAAGAUGGUUAAGUGCAGCUAAAGCGGAGGGGCCUAUGUUCCCCCAAAAAGAAGAUUUUCCUGGCAGGCAUAUAGGACCUAGAGAUGCCGAUAUUAUACACAUGUUGGAUAUGCUGGGAUUUAGGAGUCUGGAUGAGUUAACAGACAAAGCUGUACCAAAAAGGAUAAAACACAACAAACACUUAGAUAUUUCAGAGCCACUCACUGAAUACGACUUGAUCAACAGGAUAAGAAAAAUCGCAGAAAGAAAUCAAAUAUGGAGGUCAUAUAUCGGUAUGGGAUACCACAAUUGUUGUGUCCCACAUACCAUCAUGAGGAAUAUAUUUGAAAAUCCUGGAUGGACCACUCAGUAUACGCCGUAUCAACCUGAGGUAUCUCAAGGUAGACUAGAAGGCCUACUAAACUACCAAACGUUGGUAUCUGAUCUAACAGGCUUAGAUGUGGCGAACGCGUCCCUAUUAGACGAAGGUACCGCUGCUGCAGAAGCAAUGUCAUUGUGUUACAGACACAAUAAGAGGAACAAGCUACUGGUUUCGAACAUGUUGCAUCCUCAGACCAUUUCAGUCGUUGAAACCAGGUGUAGAUCACUAGGAUUAACAGUGGAAACCAUCGAUGUAUUUGAAGCUGACUUCUCGAAUAGAGACGUAGCUGGAAUUUUAUUCCAGUAUCCAGAUACGGAAGGAAAUAUCCAUGAUUUCAGUGAGGUGGCUGAUAAAGCUCAUGAACAUGGAACCUUAGUAUGUUGUGCCACAGACUUACUAAGUUUGACGUUGCUCCGACCACCUAGUGAAUUUGGUGCAGACAUAGCAAUAGGCACAUCACAACGUCUAGGUGUACCUUUAGGAUACGGAGGACCACACGCAGGCUUCUUCGCUUGUACUCAAAAUUUGGUGAGGCUGAUGCCCGGCAGGAUGAUUGGAGUAACAAGAGAUGCUUCGGGAAGGGAUGCAUACAGAUUGGCGUUGCAGACUAGAGAACAACAUAUCAGAAGAGAUAAAGCUACAAGCAACAUUUGCACUGCACAAGCUCUAUUGGCAAACAUGUCUGCUAUGUUCGCUGUGUACCAUGGCCCCCAGGGUUUGAAAGAUAUCGCUACUAAAAUUCACAAUACUACGUUGGUAUUGCAACAUGGUUUGGAGCACGAUAAUAAUAAGGUAACCAAUCAGCAUUUCUUUGACACUUUGAGAGUGGAACCUAGACUGCCAAUUAGUGAAAUCAAAGCUAGAGCACAAGAAAAACAGAUCAAUCUUAGGUAUUUUGACGAUGGAGCUGUGGGUGUGGCUCUAGAUGAGACAGUGAACUUUGAGGACAUCAACGAUCUUUUCUACGUAUUUGAUUGUCCACAUAGGGUAGAAAACUUAAAAGAUCAUCCUAGUGUACGAGAGAAAGCUGUAUAUCGCAGCGAGUUCAAAAGGACGUCCGCUUUUCUGACACACCCUGUAUUCAAUUCACACCAUUCUGAGACGAGGAUAGUCAGAUAUAUGAAGGUUUUGGAGAAUAAAGAUGUUAGUUUGGUUCAUAGUAUGAUUCCCCUUGGUUCAUGUACGAUGAAACUAAACUCUACCACUGAAAUGAUGCCAUGUUCCUUCAAACAUUUCACUGACAUACAUCCGUUUGCUCCUUUGGAACAAACUUUGGGCUACCACCAACUGUUCGCCGAGCUUGAAAAGGACCUCUGUGCUAUCACAGGAUACGACAAGAUUAGUUUCCAGCCCAACAGUGGCGCUCAGGGAGAAUAUGCUGGGCUGAGGGCUAUUCAUUGCUACCACGAGGCAAGAGGUGAACCGCACCGCGACGUAUGCCUGAUCCCAGUAAGCGCUCACGGAACGAACCCAGCAAGUGCCCAAAUGGCCGGCAUGACAAUCGAGCCGGUCAAAGUGCGACAAGAUGGAACCAUAGACGUAGUCGAUCUCAAGACGAAAGCGGAGAAGUUUAAGGACAGGCUGUCCUGUGUCAUGAUCACCUACCCCUCCACCAAUGGAGUAUUUGAAGAGACUGUGGCUGACUUGUGCGAUAUUGUCCAUCAGAAUGGUGGACAGGUUUACCUUGAUGGCGCCAAUAUGAACGCCCAGGUUGGAUUGUGCCGUCCAGGAGAUUAUGGUGGUGAUGUUUCCCAUCUGAAUCUCCACAAAACCUUCUGCAUUCCACAUGGUGGUGGAGGCCCGGGUAUGGGCCCCAUUGGAGUAAAGUCUCACCUUAUUCCUUACUUACCAGGUAAAUACUUUUAUCUUGGGUUUACUUAUCAGGAGGGCAGCAGUCCGUUCGGAGCAGUUAGUGCGGCUCCUUGGGGUUCUAGCGCCAUUUUGCCCAUUUCGUGGGCCUACAUCAAGAUGAUGGGACCAAGAGGAUUGAAGAAAGCCACGCAAGUUGCAAUACUGAAUGCUAACUAUAUGUCAAAGGUAUUGGGGCCCCACUACAAAACCCUCUUCAAGAGCUCAGUUUCAAACCUUGUGGCACACGAAUUCAUCAUCGAUACGAGGGACUUCAAGAAGACUGCUAAUAUCGAACCUGCCGAUAUCGCUAAAAGACUGAUGGACUUUGGGUUCCAUGCUCCGACUAUGAGCUGGCCAGUUCCUGGUACCCUUAUGAUCGAGCCCACGGAAUCUGAGGAUAAACAGGAAUUGGACAGGUUUUGUGAAGCUCUGAUAUGCAUUCGUCAAGAGAUCCGUGACAUUGAAGAAGGCAAGUUUGACAAAAGGCUGAACCCGUUGAAGAUGGCGCCCCAUACGCAAGAGCAAGUAGUCAGUGAAAACUGGGAGCGACCUUACACCAGAGAACAAGCCGCAUUCCCUGCUGAAUUUGUAAAGCCUGACACCAAAAUUUGGCCGACAGCUUCAAGGAUUGACGAUGUUUAUGGAGACAAACAUCUUGUCUGUACAUGCCCACCGAUUCUGGAUGAAUACAAUUACUGAAGGUUCACACACUGAAAGCUCAAUCAUAAAAUAAUGCAAGGGUCUAUGUAAUAACAUUUCGUUUGUCGAAGAUACCUUGUAUGAGAUACGCGUACAGGUUGUCAUGUUCGUAACUCGUGGACUUGAAGAUUGUUUAAUAUUUCAUUGAUUUUGUUUCUUUCUGCCAUUUGUUUUGACAUCUUCAUAUCUAUAUAACGGCGAGAAAGUUUAGUUUCAAACUGAUAACCGUCAUCUUGCCAGUUGUUAUUUAUGGAAACUGUUAUUUGAAUCACAUUGAUUCAGAAAUAAAACCUAUAUUAUGUA